AUGGAUUGGACGCAUCAAAUGGAUAUUAAUAAUAAUGAGGUGUCAAGAAGUAGCUUAUUAAGACGAUCGGAGGGACAUCACCAUCAUGAAUUGCCACCAUUAUGGGUAAAAUUAAUCGGUUCCAACAAACCAGUGUCUUCAGGAAAAUCCAGUAGCGCCUCCUGCGAGGUUGUAGGGGCAAGUCCUGCUCCAAAAUUGCUGUGGACUUUGGGAGGAACUGCUCUUAAUAAUUCUUCACAAAUUACUUCAGAAGACAGAAAUACAACCACCAGCAGAAUAAUUUUCAUAGCAAAUGCAAACGACCAUGGAAAACUAUUAAACUGCCAUAUUGACACCGAAGGAAAAAAACCUUUGCAAGAUUCAUGGAAAUUGAACGUCCUACAUGCUCCGGUAAUAAGACUGACACUCGGAGCCCCCUUGAGAUCUCAGACUGUCAAAAAAGGGAGUGACGUGUAUUUGGAGUGCCACGUCAAUGCCAACCCUUUAAAAUACAUCGUUGAAUGGAAACACAAUGGUCAUAAAAUUGUAACAAACAACACGGAUGGAAUAAUAUCAACGAACAACAGUUUAGUAAUUCAGCACAUUUCCAAAGAAAAUGCUGGCAGCUACGUUUGCCAGGCUGAAAAUUCUCAAGGAAUCGGAUACAGCAACGAAUUGUCUCUAAAUGUCCAAUGUGAGUAA